AUGGCGGAGGCUCCACCCAUUAUCUUCAUAGCCAGGUACGUGGAUCCGUUAAAGAAGAAGAGCCCCCCCUCUGACCUGAACAGACAUGGCGCUCGUCUUGACGCAGCCGACAAGAACUGGCACCUGACCUCCCCGACCCCCUACGAUCCUCCCUUGUCAUAUGGAGGCUGGAUUCAGUCUCGCGCCCUGGGGGUUCGCAUUGCUAGCCUGUUGGAGGCCUCAGAGUUCACAGGGAAUCCACCGCAAGCUGGGAGCAAUAAACCUUCAGCCGGAAAAGCCACCGAAGACCCCCAAGAUUCCCUGACUUCGGAUUCAUCUCCUCGUUACAAUGUGAUCGUCCAUACCUCUCCCUACCUUCGAUGCGUCCAAACCGCUAUCGCCCUGAGCGCGGGGCUCAAACAAGCACGCGCUGAUAAUGAUGUGGAUAAAGUGAGCUCGACGGGCCGUUCAACAAACUCUGCAGGGAAUUUGGGCCCGCGCACGUUACUCCGGGUAGACGCGUUUCUGGGCGAGUGGCUGUCACCCGACUAUUUUGAUCAAAUUAUCCCCCCGCCUGCGUCAGAUCGAAUGGUGGCCUCGGCGAAAUCUGAGCUUUUGCGUCGUGAUGAAAUCAUGACGACCCCCACCGUGCGAGAAGGCGCGAGGUCUUCAUCUGGUCACUUCCCCGGCGGUUGGGGGAGUCCAUCCCACCCAACAUCCCCCAGGAACGAGACAGAAAUUGCGGCGCAGAGCCAGUCUCCACCCCCGACGCAUUACUUCCAGCGCCAGCGGGCGAGCACUGUGAAUACGCCGCAAAGCCCCCUCCCCGCGAGUAAAGCCCCACAGGCGUUGAGCCAGCUCGAUACCAACCUCGAAUCCUUAGCCCCCGCCUCGUAUGUGCCCCCGACACCGGGCUAUGCCGUCUCUGCAUCGGAUCCAAUCCCUGCCGGAUAUGUGGCACACGCGAGAGAUGCCUGCACCAAGAUUGACUACCAAUGGGAUAGUAUGCGAACUCCGACCUGGGGGAAUGGGGGUGAAUUUGGCGAAGAGUGGAGCAUAAUGCAAGAACGUGUCAACGAUGGAUUUGAAAAAAUGUUGGAAUGGUACGAGAAACCAUCUAACUCCCGCUCAUCCUGCGUGGUACCAGGAUCGGAUAGUACAGAAAACGACAGUCGACCCGUACAAACCGUUCUCAUUAUCGUCACCCAUGGCGCAGACUGCAACGCUCUGAUCAACUCUCUCGCAGGCCGCCCGCUUUUGUUGGACAUUGGGACUGCAUCUCUUACUUUGUCUGUGCCUCGAGACCGUUUGCCUGGGGUAGAAGAGGGUCCGGAACAAAUGAGUGAUCCUACCUACCAGCAAAACAAUACCUCGACAUCACGAAAAUAUGCAAUGCCACUGAUCGCAUCCACUGACCAUCUGCGAGCGGGGGUUAACCCGUCUCAACUCACGUCCCUUGCUUCCCCGUCAGCCCCCAAGCCUUCCUCCCAGCCUUCGGUCUCGACGUAUCGUCGUGUUGGCUCCCGCUCGGCCGCCAUUCACAGCUCCCUUUCACUGGGCCCAGCCCCAGCGCUAGGAUGGGCAUUCAUGCAGCGACCAGUCACGUCAGGAUCUCCCUCAGGUGCAUCCGGUCUUUGGGGAUCCAUCUCCUCCCCUACUGACGAAGAUGAUGAGGCAGAUAACUUGGUGCCCAACUUUAGGGACAGCCAACCGACCAGCCCAGAUCCGCCAUGCCCAGAGCCUGUGGUGAAUAUGGUAAAUACCACUGGUUGGAAAAAUAAACAACCUCAGAGAACAAAAUCUCAACGAGGACUCUGGGGAAGUGCCCAGUCUCUGGAGGACCGCGAGGUUGGCUCGCGUCGGCGGUGGACGCUGGCAGAGCAAAAACUAUGA